AUGUCUGAUAAGCCAAUCGCCGUGGAUCCAGAUUACGUUAUCGCGCGUAAUACGUACCAGCCAGAAGAUUUUGAGUCUGAGACGACGUCGCUUUCAUCAACCAUAUACAGAGGAGUGAUAGAGAAUGGACGUCGGUACCAGGCAUUGAAAGAGGGCGAGUAUUGGAGUCCAGCGGAUGAACAGCAGUUUGAGAGCUAUGAAGCCGGUCAUUUAGUAUACGUGCUGCUUGACUCUGAGAGAGAGAAUCCGCUUUUCCACUCCCCGGUCAAGAAUCCCAAGCAUGUUUUGGACAUGGGAACAGGCCGUGGCAACUGGGCAGUUGACGUUGCCGAUAUCUUUCCAGACUCCACUGUUAGGGGUGUGGACUUGUUCCCUCCACCUGAAAACUGGCUACCUCCAAAUUGUGUGAUGGAGAUCGACGAUGUGCUCCAGGAUUGGACCUGGCGCCAACCAUUUGACUUGAUCCACAUACGCCAGCUCAUGGGUUCUUUCACGGACGAUGAAUGGGCAAAGGUGUACAAGAACUGUUAUGAUCACUUAGAACCAGGCGGUUGGAUCGAACAAUUGGAAGGUAAUCCACGUAUCCGUUGCGAUGAUGGCAGCGUCCCAGAUAACAGCAGUGCAUUUGUGCUGGGCGACCAGUCAUGCAAGGCGGCAGAUAAUUGGGGCCGUCCCAUAACAAUUGCGGAUACGAUGAAAUCGUCGCUGGAAAAGGCGGGGUUUGUGGACGUGCAUGAAAAAACAUACAAGUGGCCUAUUGGAGCGUGGGCUAAGGAUCCCAUUCUCAAGGAGGCUGGAAGACUACACUACCAUCAGUGGGUUUCGGGUAUGGAGGGCUGGGCCAUGUUCUUUUUGACAAAGUAUGGUGUCCCGCAGCCGUGGAGCACUGAAGAGGUUCAAGUAUUAUUGGCUAAGACACGGGCCGAAAUUCAAAAUCCACGUCAUCACGUCUACCAAGUUGCUCGACGAGUUUGGGCUCGGAAGCCCAUGCCAAAUGAAGAGGGGGUGGAGAAGACAAGCGAGUAA